AUGAAGCGGGAAUCUGGACUCCCGCAGAAGGGUAGUGAACACCCUCAUAAGCAGCCCACCAUGGAAGUCGACAAGGUUAAAUCUCUAUUCAACGCUAAAAUUUGGGAUCGGGCCUUCCAAGAGGGCUUGCAGCACGAAAUCAAAUCGGCACAACCUUAUAACUGGGGUACAAUUCGGGAUCUGGUGGAUGACGAGCUUCUGCGAAAUGUUCGAAAGGAAAUCGAAACUGAGAUCCAUUUCACCAACAAAGAGACAGACAUCUACAAGGUCAAUCAAAGCGGAGACCUGGCCAACUUGUCAGGGCUGGAUUGGGAUGAUUUGUCGCGCUUACCCAGUCUAUGCCGAUUGAGAGAAAUUCUGUAUUCGGAAGUUUAUCGAGACGUUAUUUCGUAUGUGACAGGAGCUGGUAAGCUGUCAGGUGAAAAGAUGGACAUGUCUAUCAACACUUACACGAAAGGGUGCCAUCUGCUCACGCAUGACGACGUAAUUGGCUCCAGGAGGGUUAGUUUCAUUCUAUAUCUCCCAGAUCCUGACAAGCGGUGGAAGGAUCAUUAUGGGGGUGGUUUGCGUCUUUUCCCUAGUAUUGUGGCGAACGUGCCUCAAAGUGAUCACAGCGCCAAGCUUGUCCCUCAAUUCAAUCAAAUUGCUUUGUUUCAAGUUCAACCUGGGUUCUCGUUCCAUGACGUAGAAGAGGUCCAUGUCAAUAAGCAUCGUUUGUCUAUCCAAGGAUGGUACCACAUUCCACAGAAAGGUGAACGGGGGUUUGUCCCAGGAGAGGAAGAGGAGUGGGUAAAGACCAACACAAGCACCCUUGCACAGCUAGAGUCUAAUGUAUUACAAGAUUACGAAUUUCCCAAAUCUGAAAGAGAUAUACUGCCCUUACACCAAAUCAGACACGUUGACGAUUUCAUUAAUGCUCAAUCCUCAGACGAUAUGAACGAGGGAAAGCUGCCUGAUUUAAGUCUGCUAUCGAGCAAAGAAGUCUCUUAUCUCGCUGGGUAUGUCUCUCCACAUUACUUGACCGCGGAGGGUAUUCACAAAUUGCAGUCGCAGUUUUUAGAGAAGUCACAAUUACAAGUUGAAGACUUUCUGAAUGAAGAGAAGUCGGAAAUUCUGAAGCGACACAUCAAAAAGGAUGAAUUAGAAAAGGAGUGUCCUUACGAAAGCUCCAAGGUCCAAGCACCAUGGAAAACUGCCAUACCACCUCAUAAGUGGAGGUAUUUGUACAUCGAUGGUAAAUCUCAUGAAAACUUCCACAACGAGCAAGAUGUUUUGGACAGACUGAAUACUGAGGAGACGCCGAACUAUACGCUGUUAUCCCAGGUGCUAGAUGCAACUAAAAAUGAUACAGAACUAUGCCUUAUCGAGGUUGUGAGGUUUUUGAAAAGUUCAACUUUCAAAAAGUAUCUCGCCUUACUAACUUUCUUGUCUCCUCUCAGCGAGCAGGUUUUAAUUAGACGAUUCAGGCCAGGGAAAGACUUUACGCUAGCUACGCAGGUUCACAAAAAUGAACUGCUAGGACAAGUUGAAGGUUUUGUUGAAGCAGUCUUGGAAGGUACUUUGUGCUUAACUCCAACUGAUGGCUGGGACUCCGGCGAAGUUGGUGGCUAUGACCUUUACAUGGAUAAUCAGGACGAAGGUGAGGGACUUGACAAAGAUGUCGAUGACGCCGCGGUGUAUAAAAAUGACGAUUCUGGUGAUUCCGUGCUUAUCAAUAAGCCCCCCAGCUGGAACUCGCUCAAUUUGGUACUGAGGGAUGAAAGCGUUUUGCAGUUUAUCAAGUAUGUCAGCUGGUCCGCCAAAUCAAGCCGGUGGGACAUCACUGCCCAAUGGGACGUAAAAACUGUGGGUGACGAAAACGAUGAUAGCGAUAGUAAUAAUGAUGAUGAUGAUGACCACGACAGCGACAUAGGGAACAACAAUGUUCAAUAG